GCUAUGUAUGGUGCUGGUGUAAAAUUCGUAUAUUCUUGCUAUUCAUCGGUUGGAAAAAGUGAUCACAAUGAUUUGAGCAAAUUUAUCCAAUACAAGAUUUUAAUAAUUUGAUAUUAUACAUCAAAAGGGUUUGUGUUGGGUUGCUCCGGGAACCCUUUCAAGUGCUGGGAACUAUUGUCUUUUUUGUUGACAUAGGGAGCAGAUGUACAGUCCGCUGAAGACGGCAAAUGGCACGUUGUUUUACCUCGACCUGUCAUUGUGCACGGCAGUUUUCAAGCAUUAAUUCAUCGAAUUUUGAGCAAAUACAGCUGUAUGAAAAAAUCAAAAGAGACUCCUCAACAAAAAUAACGCUAAAACCCAAGAUUUUUUCGUACUAGCGACUUGCUUAACCGGUAUGAAUCGGUUCACUUGUUCGGUUUUAAGAAAAUCAAAGAUGAUUGUCACUUUUAAUUGGGUUAUUUCCUCAUUACAUGGCGUAAAAUUGCUUAGAGUUGUUAUUGUACGAAAGUAAGCUUUCCGUGGUAAUUGAAAAAUUUGUGUCGAAGAUCUCUCUGGCUUAACCCCCUGAACUCCGCCCGCAUGCUUUAAGGCGCUAAAGAUCAUGCUGAAUGUUUGAGGAAGAAGUUUAGAGUCCCCCUGAAAAACGUGUCAACUGCUUUUCUUAUGAAGACUUCUGUGUCAAGUCAAAUAGACUGACCAGUGAGACAAGGCGGGAGUGAUUCUUUUGAUUUAUUUCACACCCCUGAACUGAACAACACACAUUGAAUGAAAAAAUGUUUCGCUUUUGAUAGGAAAACGCCGUCCUUUGUAAUAAUCGAACUUUAAAACUAGGGAACAAUAGCAAAGUUAAUUGAGAAUGAGUAUACAAACUACGCAGAAAAGGAAAUACAUUGAUUAAAAACUUAGAGUUUUUUUCAUUAUCCGAAGCUUUCUCUUUGUAUACAUUUGGAGAACAAAAUUUGGAAGGUCGGCAAUUCGGUUUCAAUAUCUCGCCACAAUUGAGCGCUUAAAACACUGUUUAUUCAGGCCACAGAUACUUCAAAUGAAAUAGACCAUCCUAGAUGCUUAAACAAACAAGUUUGCCUGAAUCUAUUUCAUGCUGAUGACAAACUAAUUGAGGAACUGGACACUUGAUGCUAGUCUGACAUGUCCACUAAAAGGGGUUUUGUUCAACUUAUGGCUUGGACAAUACCAUUUCAAAAGCGGGAAUGUUUAGAUAAGUCAACAAAGCCUCGAACCUGUGCCGAAACAAAAUCGUUCCUUGAUCACGAGUUGAGAUGUCUAUAUAAUACGAACGUGCAACACCGUAUACGUUCAUUCGCGACGAUCCUUAGAGGAGACACGUUGGACAACCGAAGUGUAAAACGCACAGCUCUGUACUCUGCUGAUAUGCUUCCUUGUCCAUUUUCAUCAGGUCAAGUUGCUUCAGUUUGUCAAUUUCUCCAGAAUAACGGAGAGAUAGACCGCCUUUCGCGAUUUCUCUGGUCCUUGCCCGCGGACAUAGAAAGCGACGAAAAAACUACCGAGACAAUUCUUGUUUCGAAAGCUGUUGUUUAUUUCUAUCAGAACAACUUCAAGGAAUUGUACGCAAUACUCGAGAGCAACAAGUUCUCCAAAGAGAACCAUGAACGACUACAGUGUCUUUGGAGGACAGCACACUACAUCGAAGCGGAAAGGCAGCGCGGUAGGCCUUUGGGAGCUGUAGGGAAAUAUCGAGUGCGAAGAAAGUACCCCCUCCCUCGGACGAUUUGGGACGGCGAGGAGACCACUUACUGCUUCAAGGAGAAGUCGAGGAACAUUCUGAACAAGGCGUACACCGACAAUCCAUACCCCACUCCUCGUGAGAAGUACGAGCUGGCAAAGAUGACUGAUCUCACUGUAACACAAGUCAGUAACUGGUUUAAGAACAAGAGGCAACGAGUGCGCGCUGCAGAAAUGAGAAAAGGGGGCCUGGAUCAAGACGGAAUGAUGAAAAUGAAAGGACCAGGUCGGUCCAUGAUGUUCAGCUAUGAUGAACUACGAUCUCACUUCCCUUACCUUAUUCCACAAGCCCCGAUUAUUCCAACGCCACAGUCUUCGGUGUCCGCAGCUUACUUUCAAGACCUGCACGUGCACGCUCAUGCGCAUGCUCAGUUUCACCGUUCAUACGCACCGCUCCAAACGUACCCAGCAUACGUUUCGGGAAGUCCUCAUCCAUGUACCAGCACGUGCACCAGUACGCAUGCACAAGUCAGCCCUUUGAGUUUGUCUUCAGAGACGAGUGCUUUUGAACCUAUUUACUCUAGUCGGCUUGCAUUCGACAACUUGUAAUCGCGAGCUGUGUUUGACAAUUUAAUUGAAUAAUUUUUUGAGUGUUUCUUUCUGUUUUAUUUUGUUUGUUUGUUUGUUUUUUCCAGUCACAUUUACCUCCUGAAUUACGUGCACAUUGUACAGAGAAUUUUAACAAACAAACAAUUUUCUUUCAGAAUAAGUAGAGAGCCUCCGCCAGAGACCCCCUGUAAAAUUAUAUGUAUGUGUUCAUGGGUGUACAACAUGCAGUUACUCGUCAGAAAUUGUAAGGACAAUACAGAUAGACUAGCUGUAGAUACUCGAAGAUUAAAAGUUUCACUGUGGUACCUAUUUUGACUCAGUAUUUGAAAUCAUCUGGGAAUUCUUUUAAAAUACUUUGGACUCUAUGAUACCAUGUUUAUCACUUAAUCGACAUUUUUGUAGCAGUUGGCAUUGCUGCUCAAAGUUACCAUUGUGGACAUGGGAGUACAGUGGAACACUCAAAAUAAAUUAAGUAAAGGCUAAGAAGAAUUAAUGAUAUCAAUAAUAAUUUUAGCAAUUAUAAUAAAAAAUUCAUUAAAUAAUGUAAUAUUGUGUCUAAGCAAAUUUAUAAAUUAUAAAUUAUAGUUAAAGAUGAAACUACUAGCAUAUAAGGGCAAAGUAAACAGAAAAUAAUUGUCAAGUGCUAAUAAUAGUAAGAGCACAAAGGUCAGAUAAGCUUGCAUUGAUUGCACGUGCAGCCAAUUAUUGUCCAGAACAUGUGUGGUCGAAAAAGAUAUACUUUUAGAAGAGAAGAAUGUACUUAAAAGAGCAAAGGAGUUACUUUUCUAAACUUCUUUUUCAAUUAUUUUACGGCUAUUUUACGGCUAUUUUACGGCUAACAGUUAAUCUCUUUCCUUUGCAAUUAAACGAAAAAUUUUUACGAA